CCGUGCGUCGUAAUCGUCUGUCCCCUAACAGUUUCACUCUACAAGCGCACACAACGCUUCUCAAUGUCCCUUUUCUUUCCUUUUGUGGCAAAUAAUCAAACCCUAAUCCUCCAUUUUCUGCGAUUUGUUGUUAUGGAAUGUGUUCUCCUUUCCUAUUCUGGUAAAAGAUUUAACCCUUGUUCACUCGGACCUCUUUUACUGUGAGCAUUACUGUUAGAAUUGGAAGCUCAAGCGAUGGCUCGUCGAAGAUUUACAUUGGCCUGCAUUUAAUACUUACUUUGUGUUCUUUGUUUCCUUUUCUGUAAAAUAUUUAGCCCUAAGCUCUGCAAUGGCUGAGUUUCUGAAAGAUUAGAGCUCUGAUUUCCUGUAAAGUAUUGUUGUUGAAAGAUCGGAUUUGAACUAUUCUGAGCUUGUCUUGGUGAGAUAUGAAUGCUGGUGGAGAGUUUACAGGCCUGCAUUUGUAUCUGAAUAGGUUACCCAAAUCGAAGGUCGCUUUGGAGUCUACAAUGGCUUGUUAAAGACAUUCUUGAGCUGCAUUGUUACUGAAAGGUUAAAGAAGUCAAGAUGAAGUCUUCAUUGAAGAAACUUCGAGGAUUUACCCUGCAAAAGAGUCCAAAGGCAAACAUGAAUGAAUCCGUUGCACAAGUGGAUGACAUGGCCCAGGCUUCAAAGGACAUGCAAGAGAUGAGCAAGUGUUAUGAUGGGCUUCUCUCUGCAGCUGCUGCUGUUGCAAAUAGCGCUUAUGAAUUCUCAGAAUCCUUGCAGGAGAUGGGUGCUUGUUUAUUGCAGCAGACGACACUAAACAUUGAUGCAGAAGGCGGUAAAGUUUUGUUAAUGUUGGGGAAGGUGCAGUAUGAACUGCGCAGACUGGUUGACAAUUAUCGCUCGCAUAUAUUUCAGACGAUAACAACACCUUCAGAAUCUCUUCUCAAUGAACUACGAAAUGUAGAGGAAAUGAAAAGCCAAUGUGAUGAGAAAAGAAAUGUAUACCUAUAUAUAAAAACACAGAAAGAAAAAGGAAAGAAAGGUGUCAGAGGCGAAAGCUUUUCAUCUCAGGAUUUGCAGACUGCCAAAGAAGAAUAUGAAGAAGAAGCCACAUUAUUUGGCUUUCGUUUGAAAUCGCUUAAGCAAGGACAGUCGCGUAGCCUGCUAACUCAGGCAGCUCGUCAUUACACUGCACAGCUGAGCUUCUUUAAGAAGGGACUUUCCUCUCUAGAGGAUGUAGAACCUCAUGUAAGACAGGCUUGUGAGCACCAUCAUAUCGAUUGCCAACUUAGUGAACCCAAUGAUGACCAUGAUCCUGACAAUGGGGAAUUGAGUUUUGAACCUACUCAAGAUGAUGCGGUACCUGAGGUUUCUUCAAGCUCAAGGAAUUCUAUGGAGCUCGACCAACAGGAAGUAUCUGCCUCUUUUGUGAAUCCUGAAGCAGUUCAAGAAACGAUGGAGAAACCACAAUUCCGCUCUGAUCUGCUGCGCCCAACGAGAGAGACAAUGUCCACUAGCCAUUCAGCGCCUAUCCUCCAAAGUGCUGAUAAGAGGUCUGAUCACACUGACAAGGUCAAAAACUUCAACACGUAUGUGCUCCCCAUGCCAACCCAGGUCAUGAAAGCACAACAAAGCUCGAUCCGACAAACAAGCCCCCCUAUCCCACCUUCUUCUGCUACUAUACCAAUGCCACCAUCCAAUAUCGGCUUGACGAAAACCCCGCCAAUUCUUGGAGAGAGAACAAAUCGAGCAACCCCAACCCCAUUGCCUCCAAUACAGCUUGAGCCAACAAGCACUUCCGACCCUAAGCGAAUCAAAAGGCAGGCCUUUUCCGGCCCUUUAAGCAGUAAAUUCCCUGGCUCGAAGCCCUUGAACCCUAUCUUCUCUCUAGAUCAAGACCCAUUACCAAAAUCUGGUAAUAACUCACGCUACUCGGUUUCUUCAUCUUCGCCCCCUAUAAUAAGUGAGCUACAUGAACUUCCGAGGCCCCCAGGUGACUCAUCUAAGCUUUCAAAGCCUCUGAGUCUGGUGCCAUAUUCAGCACCAUUGUUCCCAAAAAGGACACAACAAGAGGGUUCAGGUACUGUCAAGCCUGGUUCUUUGAGAGGGGGUGGAACAGCUGCCCCUUUGCCAAAGCCGCCUCCUGGACUUUUACCUCGUAGCUUCUCUAUACCUUCGAGUGGGCAAAAGGCACAGGUUUCAUUACCACCGGCUAAAUGUGACGAGAUUUCGGAAGGGUUGGCCUCUCCGCCCCUAAGACCAAUCAUGUUUCCAAGCGGGAAGAACCCGAAGUGAUUGCCUCUCUCUCUCUCUCUCUCUCUCUCUCUCUCUCUCUCUGUGUGCGCACAUGUGUGUGUUUCAUACACUCACAUGCUCAAUGCACAUGCUCAUGUGCUUGGUAUAAUUUGGCACCCACACUUUGUGCUUGUGGUGUGAACUUGACGUGUGAUAAUGUGGAAUUAUAGCGCAAUAGGAGUCUUGGUUCUCUGUUUCCUCGAGGUACUGCCCUUCACUCCGUUCGUAAAUUUGUUUCGUAUCUCUCUCGCAUACUUUGUGAGCUACAGGCCUACAAUUGGUUUCUUCUAGGCUUGUAAAGCACAAUCCAUAGGCAUUCACUUUUUUAAUGAUCUACCCAUUGCUAUUGGUGGUCCAUUCAGCCUGUUAAGUCUAUUUUCGGUGUGAGCUUGGGGGAACCUAAUUGAUGUGUUUCAGGAGAAACUAGACUCAUGGACCCGUAUAUGGCAGCCAUAAACUGCAAAAACCGUAAUGAGACCAUGUGCUGAUCUUUCUGGUGGGGAAGCUGGAAGGGGAAAACCAUUUGGUGGGGGGAAUGCGACAAAGUUAUACGUCCCUAAAGAAACUAGGAGGUUGAUGGUGGAGGUGUGCUGUACAGGUGGGCAACUUAUGAUGUACAGGUGGGCAACUUAUGAUGGUGGAGGUGUUGUACACGGGUGACUUAUGGAAGCACCUAGUUGAAGACGAUGCAGGAGUUUUAUUAAAAUUAAUGACGCAAACUCCAUCACGGCCGGUUCCAAGCCUGGAUAGAGGUGAGGAGGGUUGGGUUAGGUAGGCGGUAUAUACGAAAAUUUUACUGGCAGAACUUAUGUUACAUGCUUAUAUUUAGGAUGUUUUCUAUAAGUGACUGGCUUAGCUUAGGGUAUGGCUCUUGAUAGAGCAUUAUGGCGGAAUAAGAUUCAUGUUGCUGGUCUUAAAAAGUAGGAAUAAGGCUUGAUACCGAUGAUAAAAAGAAAAUAUCUAAUCCCCUUGAAAGUUGGAUUCGGGCAAUUUGCUUCAGGUCAGGGUUGUGUACCUUGCCCAAGGUCGGUUUCAAAACAUUGCUCGGCACAAUCCAGCUAUGGCGCAGACUACAGAACUUGUCAAACCUUGAUUGACUUGAGCAAAUGAUGUAAUCGGCUAAUCCGACCCUUAAUUCUCCCAAUACCAAUACAAAUAGAUUUUCCA